AUGCGCGCGGCCGCGCUCGCUACCAUCUUCCUGCGCUGCGGCCUGGAGCUAGAGUUCAAGACCAUGAACCUGUAUAAAUGGCCCGCGCUUCGCCUGGCCUUUGUGCCGGGCGUGAUCGAGGCCGUCUUUGAUGCCGGCAUCGCCAGCGUGCUGUUCAGCAUGCCCUACACCCUGGCGCUGGCAAUGGGCUUCAUCCUGAAGGCAGUCGGCCCUGGCCUUGUGGUGCCCGCCAUGUUUGUGCUGCAAAAGGAGGGCUGGGGCGCCGACAAGGGCAUCCCGUCGACCGUCGUCAUCGCGGCGUCGUUCGAUGACAUCAUCGCGAUCACAGGGUUUUCCAUCUUCAUCAACAUCGCGAUCGCUGGCGGCAAGGACGCGGCGUGGCAGAUUGCGAGCGGGCCGCUGCAGGUGCUGUUCGGCAUUGCAGGAGGCCUCCUUGCGGGCGCCGUGCUGGGCUGCACCAAGAUCUGGGACAACAAGUACAAGCGCUUCAUUGGCAUCUACGGCUCUGCCCUGCUGCUGAUGUUCUUUUUGGAACACUUUGACAUGCUGUCCGGCGGCGCCCUCGGGUCGCUGUUUGUGGGCCUCGCCACCUGCUACAUGUGGGAGAGGGGCGCCCCCAAGUUCGCGUCCACGGGGCCGAACUCGAGCUAUUCCCCCGACAUUGAGCGCGUCAUGGCCAAGGUGUGGAACUGGGUGAUGGAGCCCCUGCUGUUUGGCACCAUCGGUGCCAGCAUCAUCUUUGCCAAGCUGCAGCCCUCCACGAUCCCCAAGUCGAUCGCCAUCGUCCUCACAGGCGUCACCCUGCGCAUCAUCAGUACGUUCAUGGUGAUGUACGACCGCAAGUACACCCUGCGGGAGCGCGUCUUCUACGCCGUCGCCUGGACCCCUAAGGCCACGGUGCAGGCGUCGCUGUCGGCCGUGCCCCUGGCGCUGAUCCAGGGUCUGAUGGCGGGGCGCCCGGACUACGACGUUUGGCUGCAGUGGGGCCAGGAGAUCCUCACCACCGGGGUGUUUGCCAUCAUCAUAUGCGGCACGCUGGGCACGCUCAUGGUGUUCCUCACGGCGCCGGUGCUGCUCAACAAGGGCGAGGGGCCUUUGGUUCGCGCCCGCAGCGAGGUGCGCAUCCCUGGCGCGCCGGGUGGUCCGUCGCGCGCCAGCAUAGACUUCGGCCCGACCCUCACGCGCGUCACCACGACCAGCGGCGGCGACGUGCGCGUGUCGACCGACGCGCGGCCGAUCGCCAGCAUCAGCAUGGACGACUUUGCGGGGGUGCGGGACCACUCCGUGAUAGAGGAGUACUUUGACGCGAUCGAUCAGCUGCUCAACAUAGUGCGGGACGACGCGGUGGCGCCACCUGAGGGCCGGCGGGAGCGCGCGCUGGAGCUGUGCAACACAAUCUCGUCGCUGCAGGAGCGCAUCGACCAGGAGGUCGGCCCCCGCGAGCUCACGGUGCGCCAGAUGCUGCUCGCGACGGCGCUGCGCUCGCGCCAGCCCAGCCUCUCGGGCCCCAUCGGCGUCGGCGGCCCCGAGAUACUGCCGACCAUCGCCAGCGCGGGCAACCUGCGUGGCGACGCGAGCGACGGCGGGGACGGCGGCCACGUCGGGGACGGCGGCUCGGGCGGGGGGCGCGUCGUGAUCGACAGGAUCCAGGCGGUGACGGCCCUGGCGCAGAGCCUGUCGGGCCGCAGCCCUACGAGCACCAGCUCGCCUGGGAGCCCGCCAGGCGGCGGCGGGGCGGCAGCGGUGGGCGGCGGCACGGCAGGGGGCGGCGGCGAGGCGGGCGGCGCGCUGCCCAGGGCUGGUUUUGGCAACGAGGCUCCGACGGGCGCGAAGGACGGCGCGCAAGCGUGA